GGCCUAACUUCUCAGGCGCAAGGAACCCGGGCUGAAAUAUCGAGUUGAACAUCUCUUUAUACCCCAUUACAGAUUGACAACCAUACACAUCAUGUAUAAAUGUUGGUUAGGGUGGAUCCAAUUAUGGAGUUCAAAGCACAGCUAUUAUCCCUGGAGGACAUUACAUAAGAGUGUUUCUUCAACGAGUUACCAUGACAACUCAUCUGCAAGAUACUUGGCUUCAGGAUGUGCACAUUUUUCAGUAAGAACUCUUCAGCAAUCUUGUAUUCCGAGACGAGAUCGCCACUUUUGGACUCCAAGCCAAUUGUGCUGCGCAAGACGGUAUCAUACGACAAAGCAGCACCCAAGUAAAAAAUGUUUGAGAUCAACAGUGUACAGGAAUCUUCGGACGAUGUGCAAAUCUUCUAUGAUACAAUCCGCAGAUACAAUAUUUGCCCUGUCGUCCGGUCAGGGAAACUGUGGUGUCGCCGUUGUUCGUGUUUCUGGUCCAAAAACUCCCGAUGCAUUGUUACAAGUAGUCAAAGCAAAACGUCUGCCAACGGCUAAGAUGGUGAAUUUAACGAAACUCUACAACCCAGCUGAUGGAGAGGCUGUUGACAAAGGACUUGUAGUCUGGUUUCCAGGUCCUCAGAGUUUCACAGGUGAAGACGUGUGUGAGUUUCAUGUGCACGGUGGACCAGCCGUUGUGACUGCAAUGCAUUCAGUUCUUGGUAACAUCAAAGGUCUUAGGCCAGCAGAACCCGGUGAAUUCACCAAGCGUGCUUUUUUGAACGGUAAGCUGGACCUGACGGAAGUGGAAGGCUUGGGAGAUUUGAUUCAUGCUGAGACUGAGGCGCAGAGAAGACAAGCCCUGAGGCAGAUGGAUGGAGAUCUCAGCAAGAUGUACAGCUCCUGGAGAACACAGCUCCUUAGAUGUGUGGCUCACGUUGAGGCUUUCAUAGACUUCAGCGAGGAUGAGAACAUUGAAGAAGGUGUCUUGGAUAAAGCUCAGGAUGGAGUGAAUCAGCUUCUUAGUGAGAUCCAGUCCCAUCUUAACGACAAUCGCUGUGGGGAGAGGCUGAGGAGCGGUGUCCAGGUGGCCAUUAUCGGUCGACCGAACGUCGGCAAAAGCUCGCUGCUGAAUCUAUUGUGUCAGCGUCCAGCGGCCAUCGUCACCCCUAUAGCAGGUACCACGAGAGAUGUGAUAGAGUCUGCAGUUAACAUCGGUGGCUACCCGGUGCUUCUUCUUGACACUGCUGGUCUUCGAGAAACAAAUGAUAUGGUGGAACAAGAAGGAGUCCGUAGGGCUAAACAGAGGGCGGAUACCGCAGACAUAAGAGUUGUGAUGAUGGAGGCACGAGACAUCCUUGACGAUAUACCCAAGACUUUAUCCACCGAUGGUCUCCACGACAACUCAAUAGAUUCCGUCUUAAAAAAGCAACUUCGAGACACAUUAAUAAUUUCUGAGACAUCGGAAAGGAUGUCUGAAGACAUGAGAGAAGCAGAGUUCGAGGACACACUUCUUGUGAUUAACAAAUCGGAUCUUGUCCAUGAUGCAGAAAAGAUCAUACGCUUGGAAUUUUUUGUAAGAAAACACAAUGAAGAGAGGACGAAGGAGCAGGUCUCCGUCUGCUUGAUGUCCUGUGAAACCAAGGAUGGUGUUGACGACCUCCUUGAGAUUUUGAGAGGAAAAGUUCAAACUCUAUGUGGUAAUCCACUCGUGGGGAACCCUAGCCUAACGCAAUCUCGUCACCGUAGCAACCUCAAGGGAUGCGUUGCUUCACUGGAGGCGUUCUCCGAUCAGCAAGACCUGGUUAUGGCUGCAGAGCAGCUACGGAUUGCGCUGAGGUACCUCGGCAAGAUUACUGGAAGUGUAGGUGUGGAGGAGAUCCUUAAUGUUGUGUUUCAAGAUUUUUGCAUCGGUAAAUGAUGAAUGGACUCGUAUUGAAU